UGUUCAUUUGAAAACAGAGCGUAGUUGAAUUCCUCGGACAUCACAAUGCUGGCCAUAGUAAUGAUUUUGUCUUUGAUCCAAGCAUCUUUAGGAAGAGGUAUACCCAUCCUGAGUGAUAUACCAGGUGACAACAGACCUCAACUGGAUGAUUCAGAUCUAACAGCUCUAGAAAUAAUCGACGUAAUUAAUCAAGAAGUGGAUAUUGAACCGGGUCUUUUUGAAGGUGACAUAGUGCUGUCUCCCAAUCCGGACGAAUCAAGUUCGAAUGACCAGGAAAGGGAAAAGAGAAAUGCUCAACGGUUGAGAAGAUAUAUCUGGACGGCAAAGAUUGUUCCUUAUCAAAUCUCGGAUAUACUCAAGCAAGAGGGAUAUGAACAGACUAUCCAAGAGGCCAUUAACCAGUUUACGCAACACACAUGCGUGAAAUGGAAACCACGAGAAAAUGAGGAGAGAUGGGUAACUUUUGAGAAACAAUCAGGAUGUUUUUCAUCAGUUGGAAUGAAGUACUGGGUAACUGGUUCACAAACAAUCUCUUUAGGGAGGGGCUGCAACCAUCGAGGGGUUGCCAUGCACGAGAUGAUGCACGCCAUCGGCUUUUGGCACGAACAGUCCCGCUAUGACCGUGACCAGUAUGUGGAAAUUAUGUGGGAGAAUAUUGAGCCUGGAAAAGAACACAAUUUCGACAAAUAUAAUAAUGAGCGGAUCGAUUAUUUAAAUGAAGUUUACGACACGGGUAGCAUCAUGCAUUAUGGGAAAACCAGCUUUUCCAUAAAUGGUCAGCCAACAAUACAAGCAAUUGGUGAUCCAAAUACGGAAUUGGGUCAGCGAGAUAGGUUCAGUAAAACUGAUAUCGCUCAGAUAAAUGCGCUCUAUGAUUGCUCAGGCCCCAGCAACGGUUGGAGUUCGUGGACAGACUUUGGUCCGUGCAACGGUCAGUGCAGACACACACGUCAGCGGUUUUGCGCAUCACAUGAUUUAAACAACUGUCCCGGUGCAGAUUCCUACGGAAUACAAUCACAGACGGAACAAUGCAGCGACGAAAAAUGUUAUGCUCCGAUCGAUGGGCACUGGGGAAAGUGGUCAUCAUGGUCCUCCUGUAGUGUGUCAUGUGACGAGGGAACAUACACCAGGACGAGGCAAUGCAAUGAGCCUCAACCAAAAAAUGGCGGAAAAGAUUGUGAUGGAGAUGAUGAGCAAGUCGGAGUGUGUGUAAUGCGAGGCUGUCAUUUGGGUCCUUACGACUGUGAGUUUGAGAUGGGUGGACUGUGUCACUGGACUUUUUGUGAUACAAACAAAUAUCCCAGAUGGUAUCGUCAUGAUGGACCAACCGGAAGUUCAGGGACUGGACCCGCUGGCGACCACACUUCCGGUUCAGGAAACUAUAUAUAUUUUGAGUCGUCUUCGCCUGCCCAAACCGGAGGCACGAAUUGCUUUUACAGUCAACUCUUUUCAGCCGGAUCUUGUCAACAACUCACAUUCUGGUAUCACAUGCUGGGUUCUGGAAUAGGAAAGCUCUCUGUUCUAGUAAAGAAUAAUGACGGCUCUGACCAAAGAAUUGUCUGGGAAAAGUCUGGCGAACAGGGAAAUGAAUGGAAACAAGCCAGUGUCGAGGUCACCAGUUCUGUGUCAUAUCAGGUGUAUUUUGAGGGUGUUCGUGGCGUGGACUUCCGAGGUGACAUUGCUAUCGACGACAUCACCUUUAAGGAUUGUUCAGUUAUAGCAACUACAUCACCCCCCGCAACUCAACCCCCUACAACUUCGCCUCCUACAGAGCCGUCAGCUCUAGAUUCCUGUGACUUCGACAGCGGAAGUUUGUGCGACUGGACCAACCAUCCCGAUAACCCAGAGCUGCCAAAUGGACAGAGGUAUGAUUGGAUGCUUCGCUCAGGUGACACACCCAGCCAAAACACUGGACCAGCAGGUGAUCAAACAGCGAAUGGACAAGGAGGAUACAUUUACUUGGACAGCUCAACUGAACAUGCCAAAGCGUCCAAAGGGGCUCUGAUCAGCAAAGAGUUUCCGGGGGGGUCACCGACGUGCUUGCAUUUCUGGUAUCACAUGUACGCCAGCAAAAAGGGAAUGGGACAACUGAGGGUGUUCGUUCAAAAGGGAGCAAAAAGAUGGUUACAAUACAGGAAGGCUGGAAACAAAGGAAACAAUUGGAUUUACAAGACGAUCAAUCUACGCAAUAAAAAUAAAACGCCGUUCAAGAUCGUAUUUGAAGGUGAACGAGGAAGGACUGGAAAGAGCGAUGUUGCAUUGGAUGGUAUCAAAAUGACUAACGGACCUUGUCAGUGAUGCCGGCGACUAUAGGAAAUGAAUGCUGCUGAUCAGAAUCAUGUGACAUGCAAAAAGUCAAUAUGGUUAUUUUAUCAUUAAAUCUUUGAGGGGAUGAUAAAUAAAAAUAUUCAGUUUGACGAUA